CCAUAAAAAAAAAAAAAAAGAGGACAAAAGGAUAAUUUUGCUGUCAAAAAAAGUUCAAGAGUUUGGAUAACGCAAAAAACGCACGGUUAAGGAUGAGUCACACCGUCGCCGUUGACCGUUGGGUUCUCAGUUCCGGCGCUUUCUACUUCACCUCCACUUCCAACUUCUACUUUCCCGCUAAAUUCGCUCCAACGCCCCAUUUUGGCGCCAACCCAAUUCGAGCUUCUGCCACCACCAACGGUUCAAAUGAAAGUGUAGUUUGCAAAUCGUUAAUAUGUGGAAGGAGAGCUUUACUAUCUUUAGCUACCUUGUCACUUGUUAUGCCGUGUGAUAGAGUUAACAAUAGUUCUGCUGCCAUUGCCGCUGAGGAGAGUUUAAGCUUUAGGGAGGAGAUCAGGAAGGUCUUAUCCAAGGGCAAGGCUGCUGGUGUACUUCGCCUUGUAUUCCAUGAUGCAGGAACUUUUGAAAUUGAUGACAAAAUUGGGGGUAUGAAUGGCUCUAUAGUUCUUGAACUCGACAGACCUGAAAACAAAGGCCUUAAGAAAUCUGUAAAGAUUCUGGAGAAAGCAAAGAGUCAAAUAGAUGUUGUGCAACCAGUCUCGUGGGCUGAUAUAAUAGCUUUGGCUGGAGCAGAAGCUGUUUCAUUAUGUGGUGGACCUAGCAUCCCGAUUCAGCUGGGCAGAAUUGAUUCAAUGGUGCCUGAUCCUGAAGGAAAACUUCCUGAAGAAUCACUAGAUGCCACUAGCUUGAAGCAAUGUUUUGAAAGAAAAGGCUUCUCAACUCAGGAACUUGUUGCCUUGUCUGGCGCGCAUACUCUAGGAAGUAAAGGGUUUGGGAAUCCAGUUGUCUUUGAUAAUGCAUACUUCAAGAUACUCAUGGAAAAGCCAUGGUUAUCCUCAGCUGGCAUGACUAGUAUGGUUGGCCUUCCUUCUGAUAGGGCACUUGUUGAAGAUGAUGAAUGUGUAAGAUGGAUCUCAAAGUACGCUGAGGAUCAGAGUUUAUUUUUUGAAGAUUUCAAGAAUGCCUAUACCAAACUUGUUGACACUGGUGCAACUUGGAAAAAAUCGUUGUAGUCCUCAAAAUUAAUCAGCGAUACCUCGUCAUAGCCAGCAAGCUGUUUUAGCAUAUACAAGAUUCCAUGCCCCAACAACAAAUGCAGUCACUGCCAAUUUUUGUUUGCA